CAACCGUUUCUCCUCGCAGAGAUGGAACACACGCUUCUCCUUCCGCCUCUUUGAAUGAAGAAAGCGAGGGAUUUGCUUCAAACCUCCUACAGGCGCUUCCUCUCUCUCCCAAAUCCUAAAAUACCCAAGAUGGAGGAUAUAUCGGAGCGAUACUGUUACAACCCGAUUUUGCGAUGGAAUCCUCAGGUUGAGGAGUACUUCGUCAAGGCCUAUGGAGCCGACCAUUUCUCGCGCGUUUCCGAUGCCCUAACGCGCCCGUCUUGCUACUCUUGUAUACGUGUGAAUACCCUACAAUCAACUAGCGAUGCUGUUAUUCAGAAGUUAGUGGCAAUUAUGAAUGAUACAGGGCAUGGCGAUACCAAUGAUAACAUAAGCAAAUGUGAUGCCAAUUUUGAUGCUGAUACAGGUCUGAAACAAACUAAUGUUCCCCAGAACUUGAGCGACUGGAGUAAGGUGGAAGAGGCUCUGAAAGAAGACAUACAAACUGGUUCCGUAUCUAAGUGUCAGAUUCCUGGGUUAGAUUAUGUGGUGUUUGUUAAGGGUUCGGGACCCCACAUGAUUGAUUAUGGUCAUACACAUGAUAGACCCUCUAAGGAGGUAAUUGUGAGUCGUAAAUGUGCCGAGGCAGUGCUGAGGGGUGCUCAGGUCUAUGUUCCUGGUGUAAUGGCUUGCAGUGCUCAUGUUGAGAAAGGGGAUAGGAUUGCAGUUUCAGCUGCUGUCGAGCAGCCUGGUCUGGAUGGUGGAUGGGGUAUUGGUAUAACACGUGGGAGUGUUCUGCAGGGCUUGGAGACAGAUGCAUAUUAUAUGGAACGAAAUGGCCUGUAUAUCGGCCAAGGAAGAGCGAUGAUGUCAAGGGCUGGGAUGUUCCGUGCUUUAGAAGGAAUCGCUGUGGAUAUGAGUGAUAGAGUAUUUAAACUGCCUUCCUUUCAUGAUGUGCUCGAGGGUGAAAUUUUUCUUCAAAAUCUUCCGAGCAUUGUUGCUGCUCAUGCCCUAGAUCCCCAGAAAGGUGAGCGAAUACUAGACAUGUGUGCGGCACCAGGAGGGAAAACAACUGCAAUUGCAAUCCUCAUGAAGGAUGAAGGAGAGGUUGUUGCAGUUGAUAGAUCUCACAAUAAGGUCCUAGUUAUUCAGAAAUUGGCUGCUGAAAUGGGUUUGAAUUGUAUAACCACAUAUAAGCUUGAUGCUCUUAAAGCUGUUUCUCGAAGAAAUGAUUCCUAUACAACAACUGAUCUCUGUUGCAAUGAGAAGAAUAAUGGUGUUACUAUUCAAAGUUCUGACUUGCCAAGUUUGCAUUUGGAGAGAGAGUUGACGGAAGGGAUGAAUGCUGACAAGAGUUGUGAAAAUGGCAGGAAUUGCAAUAAAACAGUGAAUGAGAGAACUUAUGUAAGCAAAGCUGAAAUUAGAAAGAAUAUACGAAGAAUGCGGAAUGGGCCAGGAAGAAAUCAGUGCAGUGGUGGUAGGGCUCAGAAUUCGAAAGGUUUCUCUCCUCACAGCUUUGAUAGAGUCCUUCUUGAUGCUCCGUGCUCUGCCCUUGGUUUGAGACCUCGGCUGUUUGCUGCAGAGGAAACAAUUCAAUCCUUAAGAAACCAUGCAAAGUAUCAGAGAAGAAUGUUUGACCAGGCUGUUCAGUUAGCUCGCCCGGGUGGAGUAAUCGUGUAUUCAACAUGUACAAUAAAUCCUGGUGAGAAUGAAGUAUUGGUGCGAUAUGCUUUGGAUACAUACAAAUUUCUCUCCCUGGCGCAACAGCAUCCAAGCAUUGGAGGACCUGGCCUUCUUGGUGGUUGUGAAUUUCCUGAUGGAUAUAUUGAGGAGUGGCUAAGACCAGGUGAGGAAACGCUCGUGCAGAGGUUUGAUCCAUCAGGUCCACUUGAUACAAUUGGGUUUUUCAUAGCCAAGUUUAUUGUUGGCUCUAAAGACAGCUGAUCUCGGGGAAAUUCUGCCAACUCUGUGAGGUCAUAAACUGCUAGGGUAUGUCGUAUAUGAUUAAACUGGCGGACGUGCGUGCACUUUGUGAUGUAGUCAUGUAGCAGUUUGCUGUGUCUUUUGGACUGACUAUCAAGUCCAAAUUAUCUGUGAGCAACCCUGAAGGUUUUUGAAACACAUUGCCUCAGGUUUAGGUGUCAUUUUGAAACUAGAACAAUCUUGUCGAAUGUCAACAUUGGAACUAGUAGUAGCGAUUGAGUUAUGUAUAAGCUGAACUAUCAUUUUGUAGCUUUGAAUAAUGUGGAUGGUUUCUUAUAAUGUAAUAUCUUUAAUUAUUAAC